AUGUCAUCUCAAUUAGCUUUACGUCGUGCUUUAGUUUCUGCUCGUUCCAUGCGUGUUGGUGUUAGAGCUUAUACCGAAGGUGCUACUGGCUCAAACCGUCCAGAAAGCAGUGGCGAUUCAUUCACCAAACGUGAAAAAGCCAAUGAAGACUACUAUGUUAGAAAACAUGAACAAGAGCAACUUACUGCUUUGAAAGAAUCUUUAAAGAAACAAAAGGAAAACAUUGCUGACCUUGAAGAAAAAAUCAACAACUUCAACAAAUAG